UUGAACAUUGUGCUAUCUUUCCCUUUUCUUUCGACUAGAGAACGAUAAGACAGUGUCGGGUGCGGAAGUUUCGGUUUACUUGUGCACCAACUCUGUGAUUGUGGCUCUAGCGAAAGAAACAUUGCGUUUUACAUAAAUUUGUGUUUCCCAAUCAAAAACGGAUAUUUCAGAAGGUAGGAUAUAUUAUUCUGGAUGCAAAAGACUGCCUGGCCAAUAGAAAGUGAGAGGGUGCUAUUCGUUCGUGCCAUUCAAUCCCGUGAAAAAGAGAAAAGCAAUUACAGUUUUGUUUUGGUAGUCAUCAUUACUGCUUAUGUUUCAGUCAUCACUUAUGGAACACUAAUCAACACUCCUGAGGCCAAUAGUACUCAUGAAUUCCUUCCAGAUGGAAAAUUUACAACUAAAAUUCGUCCAUUGACUUCGAAGACCACGCAUCCAAUGACCAAAUCUUCGACGGAUUCAGGCAUUUUUGUUAUUAAGUCAUCCAGUCAGAUGUCCACAACAAAAGAAGCGAAGGUAGUCAACACUGUUGAAGUGACAUCAAUGGCUUCUUCGAUUAGUACAUCUCCUUUAUCUACCAUCCUUUCAACAGAAUCCACAUCACCAGUACCAAUUGAAAUUCAUAAUUUUACCGCGCAAUGGAAAACUGAUGUCGACGACGAAGACUAUAUCACGGUCUUUUGGUUUGAAGAAAUUCACGAGAAUCAACAAAAAGCACGGAAGCUAGUUCUAUCAAGGGGAACGGAAAAACAAACAGUGGUUAUUAAUUACAACUGUUCUCUGCAAGGAAAUUCUGGACAACACAAAGUGAAACUAGAAAAAUUAUGGCCUGCUCGGAACUAUUUCACCUGUUACGGUAGCGGUCAGGAUGAAAAUGCAGAAUUAAUUAUCGAGCCAUGUUUUUCGUACAACUUCAGCCUCAUCCCUCUUGAUGGCAAAAGUCACCUGACGAAGACAACCGAACUGAUACCAUUCGUAAAAAGGCCAUCCAAAAUCGAAUCAUCUUACGAUGUAGACAAGAACAACUUGGUGAUUCGUUGGGAACCAUCACCUGAGACCUUGAAUUGUAAUCUGAAAUAUCGCUACAAUUUAAAUGUCGACAAAUUAGGUAGUAUUAACGAGACUACUGAUGACAAACGCGUUGAAUUAAACGUUGGUCAUUGCACAACUUAUUCUAUUGCUGUUUGGAGCAUCGGUACUGACGACAGAAAUGAAAUCAUAUCGAGACAGCCAGCUCAACACACUGGUAGAACCGACACCCAUGGUUUUGAAAUUAAAGACGUUCAAACCAACGUAACGGCUAUAAAUCAAACAUGCCUGAUUGUGAAGUGUUCUCUGAAUCGCAAGUUUAGGCAAUUCGACAACUGUGGUGUAUCAUUUCGAAUUCAUUUGGACCCUCCUUCGGAAGUUGGACAGCAAGUGUGGUGGUUGAGAUAUGAUAAACAAAUACAUGAGGAAAUGAUUUGUCAGCUGCGGCCUGCAACGAAUUACGAGGUCCGUCUUGGAAUUUUGGAUAAUCAAGAAAAAAUCCAGCGUGAUCCACAGUUAUACUCGUCAUUAGCUACCAUACAAACACCCAGCACAUACGAUGCUGUCACAGUAGGACUAAUCGUCGUCUCUAGUAUUCUUAUUAUGAUGCUCAUCUGCGUUACCUUAUAUUGCUUCCGGUCGUGGCUCUCAAGGCGUGGCCAAGAGUCGCAAGUUGCACAGCAAACUUUCCUGUUAAAAUCAUCGUUUUUGGGUAACAUAACCCGGAGACGCUCUCAUCCCGUAAAAGUACGAAAUUUAGAAACAGUUACGCAACGUCUUUGUUCCUUGGCUGGGCACCUCUUAGAAAUGGAAUUUCAAGAUCUGACCAUCUUGUCCGAUGCUCGUCGCCCAAAGGAGGCUCCCAUCGCCUUGUUGUCUCCAAACACAAUAAAAAAUCGCUACGUUAACAUUUUGCCUUAUGAGCAUACUCGUGUUCCCCUCAGUUUGUUAUCGGACACUCCUGACUCGGACUAUAUCAACGCGUCGUAUGUCAUGGGUUUCAACGACCCAAAGGAGUACAUUGCAACUCAAGGACCGAAAACUUGUACCAUAGGAGAUUUCUGGAGAAUGGUAUGGGAACAAAAUGUCCAUAUUAUCGUUAUGGUGACAGGCCUAGAAGAGAGAGGCAAACCCAAGUGUGAUCGAUAUUGGCCAGAGGAUGCGGAAACUCCACUUGUUUGUGACAGCCUUUCCAUUUCUCAAUUGAAUGAAAUGGAUUUUGAAAACUAUACCGUUCGCAGCCUCGAAGUCAAAUUGAGCGAAAAAUCCCGAACAGUGAAACAAGCUUAUUUAAAAGGUUGGCCAGAUUUUGGUGUUCCUGAAUGUCCUGAAAUUCUGAUUCGAUUUGUUGAAGUCAUUCGAAUUCUAAUCAAUGAGACACCAUCAUCAUCAAAUCAACCCAUUGUGGUGCAUUGCAGCGCUGGAGUAGGGCGAACAGGAACUUUCAUCGCCGUAGAUUGGCUGAUGCAAGCAGGUCGUGUACAUAAAGAAAUUGACAUCUUUUCUACUGUAUUGUGCAUGAGAGAAUGCCGGAUCAACAUGAUUCAAAGCGAGGAGCAGUACGAAUAUGUAUAUCGAUGUAUGUCUCAUUUUGCCAAAACUAGACUUUUUUCUUCUGGAAACGUUGAAGAUACGUCGGACACAGAUGCAGAAAACUUGCUGACUAAUGGAAACAAACAACUGCUAAGCGAAGUGGCGUGAGGAUGCUAACUGCGUUUUACAGAACGGUCAUUUGAUUGAUUUUUUUCCUGUAUAUUUACAUGUAUGAAGAAUUGGAAAUUCAUUGUUACGACACUUGUUAAUCUUUUCAAAAGCAAAAACAGCUGGUUCACCACGA